AUGUGGCUCUCAGAGAGCACUGGUAUGGACUCCAGAACUGGCGAACCAACAUUCACGAUUUGCUGUAACCAUGGCCAAAUAAGGCUUCCCCCGAUCAAACAACCUCCCGCCCUGUUAGAAGAACUUCUUCGGUCAAAGCCGUUCCGGGAUAGUAUCCGAGUCUAUAAUUCUGUUUUGGCUUUCACAUCAAUUGGUAUGAAAAUGGAUUAUAGUGUCGUGCAUACGCCUGGUCCAUACACUAUACGGAUACAGGGUCAAACCCACCAUAGAAUCGGCUCGCUAAUACCACACCAAGGCCGUCUCCCGGAAUUUCUCCAGCUUUACAUAUUUGAUACGAACAACGAAGUCAGAAACCGGCUGAAUGCGAUGGGACAACCCUCUGGUGAAGGAAAUCUUGAUCAGACAACCUUGCAGCUCCUCAUCGAGAUGGUUGACGAGCACAACUGUUUGGCUAAAAUAUUCCGACGGGCCCGUGACCGCUAUGAAAGGGGAGAAGAGUUCACAGUCAGGUUGGUAGAAGAUAAAGGGAAAGGUAAAGAGUAUGAUCUUCCAGGCACCAGCGAGGUUGCAGGCCUUAUUGUUGGGGAUAUGUCAUCGACAAUCGGAUUACGAGAUAUAGUGGUCCAGUUCCAAUCCGACACUUUACAGCAGCUACGUGAUGAUCACCCCCUAUAUAUGAGUCUACAAUACCCUCUACUAUUUCCAUAUGGUGAGUAUGGCUUUCACCCUGAGAUACCAUUACAUCUUGAGACGGGCACCUCGAGAACAAGACAGUUCCUCACCAUACGCCAAUACUAUUCCUCACUAAUCCAGACACGUCUAGACCAAGGGAUGACGUUGAUUAAAGGAGGACGUCUUUUCCAUCAAUUGAUAGUGGACGUUUAUACAGCCAUAGAGGAAGAUCGUCUAAGAUGGGCGAGGAAUAAUCAGGAUGUCUUGAGGGCCGAGCUAUACAGUAAUGUUCUAGAUGCUGUGAGCAGAGGUGACACUGAUGCUAAGGUAGUUGGACAGAGGUUUAUACUGCCUCCGAGUUUCACUGGUGGGCCCCGGUACUUAAUUGAAAAAUACUAUGACGCAAUGGCUAUUUGCAGAGACUUUGGUAAUCCAGAUCUGUUCAUCACGAUGACAGCGAAUCCAAAUUGGCCCGAGAUUAAAGAUCAUCUUGCGAGAUACGGUGGAGACUCUCCCAAUGAUAGACCAGACAUUGAAUGUCGAGUUUUCAAAAUGAAAUUAGAUCAGCUACUAAAAGACUUCAAGAAAGGGACUUUCUUCAAACCGUACACAGCAGCACUCCACAGAAUAGAGUUCCAGAAGAGGGGUCUUCCUCAUGCGCAUAUCCUACUUUGGUUUGGAAACUGUUCCAGGACACCAAGUUCGGAAGAAAUUGAUGAGAUUAUCUCGGCCGAGCUCCCCGACAAAGAUGAAGAUCCCGAGGGUUAUAAUCUGGUUACGAAACACAUGAUCCAUGGGCCGUGUGGUACACUUAAUCCGAGAUCUCCGUGUAUGGAAAAAAAUGUGUGCACAAAAAAAUUUCCUCGGCCGUAUAACAACAACACUUCGAUUGACAAGUCGGGAUAUGUGCUAUACCGCCGGCGGAGGAAUGAAAAGGCGAGUGUCGUAAAGAAUGGAUCGAUCCUAGACAACACCUUCGUUGUGCCCCAUAACAUCAAACUUCUGAAGAAGUACAACGCUCAUAUAAAUGUCGAGUGGUGUAACCGAACAAGUGCGGUGAAGUAUUUAUUCAAGUACAUAACCAAGGGUGUUGAUAGAGCAACCGCUGUUAUUGAGAAAGGCGUACCGGCAGAUUCUUCAGAAACACCAGCCUCGGAGGGAUCAAGUCAGAGGGUCAUCAAGGCCCGCAAUGAAAUCCAAGACUACAUCGAUGCUCGGUAUUUGUCGGCGUGUGAGUCUAUGUGGCGGACAUACUCAUUUCACAUACACAAAAGAAAACCCUCGGUUGAGAAGCUUAUCAUUCACCUAGAAGGCGAACAUAACAUCUCAGUCAAAGAAACUGAUAACCUUGGCCGUGUGAUCCGUAAGCCGGGCAUUGAGAAAACGAUGUUCACUGAGUGGAUGGUUCUAUGCCAGAGGUCAGCAUUUGCAAGGACAUUAACGUACGUCCAGAUCCCAGAAUAUUUUGUGUGGAAUAAUAGUAACAAAGUCUGGACUGAACGUAAGAAAGGCAAAACUAUCGGCAGAAUUGUAAAUGUUCAUCCUACAUCAGGUGAUCGGUACUUUUUGAGGAUCCUCAUAAAUAAGAUCAAGGGGCCCCGCAGCUAUGACGAACUCAAAACGUACAACAAUGUCAAAUAUCCUGAUUUCAAAUCAGUAUGCCACGCACGCGGCUAUUUGGACAACGAUGUUGAAUGGCAUGAGACCAUGACAGAAGGCGUUAGAUGGGCUACCCCAAAUCAGCUCCGCGAAAUGUUUGUCACGUUUUUGACAAACUGCUUUGUUACAAGUCCUAAACAUUUAUGGGAGCACUCUUGGAAAUCAAUGAGCGAAGAUAUACUACACAAAAGGCAGAGAAUAAUGGGCCAUCCAAAUCUCGAGCUAGAUGAUGAGACUCUUGAGCAGUACACGUUAAUCGAAGUCGAAAAAUUAAUGCGAACGCAUGACCGAUCGUUAGGCGAUAUAACUGAUAUGCCGAAGAUCAAACCUGUUCUGCUCAGGGAACUUGGCAACAAUAUGUGGAGCCAGGAAUUGGAUUAUGACAUCGCCGAGGAAACGCUAAGACAUGAGAAGCAGUUUAUCCAGCUAAAUGCUGAUCAACGUGCGAUUUACGAUUCAGUCUUAGAAUCAGUUGACAAGAAGGAAGGCAAGUUAUUCUUUGUUUAUGGUGCAGGAGGCACAGGAAAAACGUUCCUUUACCAAACCAUAAUAUCAAGACUUCGCUCUAGAAAACAAAUUGUUCUACCAGUCGCCUCUUCUGGAAUAGCUGCAUUACUCCUCCCAAAUGGUAGAACUGCCCAUUCUCGCUUCAAUAUCCCUCUUAAUCUCUCAGAAGAUAAGCUGUGCAACAUCAAACCCGGAACAAUGCUGGCUGAACUAAUCCUGAAAACGGAUCUUAUAAUUUGGGAUGAAGCACCUAUGACACAUAAGCAUGCGUUCGAGGCACUCGAUAAAUCGUUGAGGGACAUAGUGUCUAGAAAGGAUGCAACCGCGAAAGAGUUGACCUUUGGCGGCAAGACUGUACUAUUAGGCGGUGAUUUCCGACAGAUACUUCCGGUAAUCCCACGCGGCAAUAGAGCUGAUACGGUCUUAGCUUCAAUAAGUCACUCAUAUCUCUGGCAUAGUUGUCACAAGUUCUCUUUGAAAACAAAUAUGAGACUAAAUCAAGAAGAAAAGGAAUUCUCGGAUUGGCUUCUGCAAGUCGGUGAAGGACGUGUAGAAUCAGAGACGGGUGAUCAGUUUGACAUUCAUCAUGAACAAAUGAUAGCUGUCGAUGGCUCACUUAUUCAACAAAGUGGGUUAGAUCCAUUGAAAGAGGUCGUCGAUGCGGCAUACGGAGGAGGUAACACAAUAACUUCCUCCCAAAGCUACUACACUGAUAGAGCAAUCCUCACACCGCGAAAUGAGACUGUUGAUGAGAUCAAUGCUUACAGAAUCUCUCAUACAGAUGGGGAAUCAAGAGACUAUUACAGUUUUGAUAGCUUUGAGAUAUCAGAAACUAAAUCAGAUCAAAACGAGACACUAUACCCAGUUGAGUAUCUCAAUUCCUUGGAGUUUUCGGGACUGCCUACGCAUAAACUCACACUAAAAGUGGGCGCCCCGGUUAUGCUAUUACGGAACAUAAAUCAAAGAAAAGGAUUGUGCAACGGUACCCGCAUGAUCUUAACCCACAUAGGUGAGCGGUUGCUGAAGGCAGAAAUUGUCACUGGAUCUCAUAUUGGAAAAGAGAUCUUGAUUCCAAGGAUUGUUCUUCUGCAUGAGGAAACAAAUCUACCGUUCACCUUACGGCGACGACAGUUCCCUAUCAGACUGUGCUACGCAAUGACAAUCAACAAAAGCCAGGGUCAGAGCUUGAAGGAAGUCGUUUUAUAUCUCCCCAAACCCGUGUUCUCUCAUGGUCAACUUUAUGUGGCCUUAUCACGUGUCACAAGCAAAUCGGGAUUAACUAUCAUAAAAGGCGAAGAUUCCCACCAGCUACGGGUGAAAAACGUUGUUUACAAAGAUAUUUUCAAAGGUCUUCUUCCCACCGGAGGUACAUACAAUUAA